GCAAUGGAGAAGAGAAACUGCUCAACUGUGACAGAGUUCAUUCUCCUGGGAUUAACAGAUCGCCCUGAGCUGCAGGUUAUCCUUUUUGUAUUCUUCCUGGUGAUCUAUUUUAUCACUGUUGUCUGGAAUCUAGGGGUGCUCCUUUUAGUUUGGAUUGAUCCUCGGCUGCAAACACCCAUGUACUUUUUUCUGGGAAACCUGUCCUUUGUGGACUUCUUCUACUCCUCAGUUAUUGCCCCCAAAAUGCUGGUGAACUUCUUAGCCAAGACCAGAACAAUUUCAUACAAUGCUUGUGUCAUGCAGCUAUAUCUUUUUGGUGCUACUGCAGAUGUUGAAUGUGUCCUGCUGGCUGUGAUGGCAUAUGAUCGCUAUGUGGCCAUAUGUAACCCCUUGCUUUAUCCAGUCAUAAUGUCCAGGAAGCUCUGUAACAAGCUGGUGUCUGGGGCCUACCUUGUGGGUUUGGUCGAUUCAAUGAUACAUACCUGCUGUACUUUUCAGCUGGCAUUCUGUGACUCCAAUGUCAUCAACCAUUUCUUCUGUGAUCUUCCUCCCCUCUUAGCACUCUCUUGCUCUGACACACACAUAAAUGAGAUUGUGUUGUUCACUUUCCUUGGGGCCAUUGAAAUGUUCACUGUGCUCAGCAUUCUCAUCUCUUACUUGUCCAUCUUCAUUACCAUCCUGAAGGUCCGUUCCACUGGGGGCCGACGUAAAGCCUUGUCCACCUGUACCUCCCACCUGACAGCUGUAGCCAUAUUCCAUGGGACUAUUCUCUUCAUGUAUUUUCGACCUGCCUCCAUCUACUCAAUGGAUACUGACAAAAUGGCCUCAGUGUUUUAUACCCUGGUGAUCCCCAUGCUAAACCCUCUGAUCUACAGCCUGAGGAACCAGGAUGUGAAGGAUGCAUUAAGGAACACAUUCAGGAGAAUAGUAGAUUUUAAAUGA